AUGAAGCACACUAGUGGCGACUGUGAAUGCCUGCAGGCGAUGAUGGAAACCACAUACGAGAGCAGGGGCUCAGACCGAGAAAUUCGAAAUCUUGGCACUCUCUCUAAAAUUCCGACGACACUCUCUUUUCAUGCUACCUUGCUUUCGCCGAUUCUCUUCUCACCGGCCCGGUUUUUGAUUCACAUAGUGAAGCCACUUGAAGCCCUCCUCUCCUCCCUCCGCGAACAAGGCAUAACGGGGCCGCAAAAAUCUAAAAAGCAGAAGAAAGCCCGCCAAAACGACAAUUCAGACGCGCGAGCUCAAAGAGCCGCCGUUCUAGCUGGCAUUCGUGAAUCCUUCAAUCCAUUCGAAUACAAAACCCUCUCCCGUCCCAAGAAAUUCGAAUAUACAACAAACAAACCCCAGGAUGCGAAAAAGGUGCUGGGAAGACCGGGGGUCACAAAGAGUCAGGGUGAGGAGACGAGGAGGAAGACACUGUUACCUGAGAUGAAUAGGAGGAAUAAAGUGGGAGGGAUUUUGGACAGAAGGAUUGGCGAGAAUGAUCCGAGUAUGAGCUUGGAUGAUAGGAUGAUGGCUAGGUUUGAGAGGGAGCAGCAGAGCAGAAAGGGUGCUAAUGUUUUUGAUCUUGAAGAGGCAGAUGAUGAAGUCGAGCUAACGCAUGGUGGGAGAUCGCUGAACUUCGAUGAGGAUGGAGAGGAUUAUGAUGCUGCAAGCGUGGAAGUAUCUAGUGAUGGGGAGGCGAGUAGCUUUCUGCAGCGAAAGAGACGGAGAGACUCUGAUGGAGAGAUUGAACGGGUUGGAGAGCCUGAAGAAGAACAGCCUGAGCGGAAAAAGAGCAAGGCAGAGGUCAUGAAGGAGGUCAUUGCCAAGUCGAAACUUCACAAAUACGAACGGCAACAACUGAAAGAAGACGACGAUGAGUUGCGAGAGGAGCUCGACAAGGACCUACCAGAUGUUCUCGUCGCGUUGCGUAGUCAUCUCAACAAGACUGCACCAACCCCCGAACCACCAAAAGACCACUCAAACAACGACUUCUCGAUGAACCCUGAUCGUGCUGCGCUACUUGCUGGGAAAGAUAGAGACGCGGCUGACAAGGAAUACGAUGCUAGAGUUCGCCAGAUGCUCUACGAUCAGCGGUCCAAGCCGACAGAACGAACUAAGACUGAGGAAGAAAAGGCUAAAGAGGAAGCUGAUCGUCUGAAAGAAUUGGAGGAGAAACGGAUGCGCAGAAUGAAGGGAGAGCCUGAUAGCGAAUCAGAGGACGAGCAAAAGCCGAGGGGUGAUGCGGAGAGCGAAGAGGAGGUUGUUACAGAUGAUGCGGCAGAAUUCGGUCUUUCAACUGUGCUGGUUCAGGGGAGCCGUCCUGACGGAGUAGAUGAUGAGGACGACUUUAUGGUUGAUGAUGAUCUCAUUGCUAGCGACUCUGAGGCCGAUAUUUCUGAGGCAUCGGACGAAGAAUCUAACCAGGAUAACACUAUGGGUGUAGAUGAGGACGAUGAAUUCUUGAGGGACAUCCUCCCAGCAAAGACCGAAUCUGGAAAACCUACGAAUGGCAUCCUCAGUAUCACAACGGAACCCAAGUCUUCUAAGCUGGCGUACACAUACCCAUGCCCCCAGUCACACGAAGAACUCUUGCAAGUAUUCAAGGAUAUUUCACACGGCGAUAUUCCAACUGUCGUUCAGAGAAUUCGUGCCCUAUAUCACGCGGGUUUGCACGCCGACAACAAGACUAAACUCGCAGACUUUGCUUGCGCGCUCGUCGACCACGUCUCCUAUUUAUCCUGCCAGACACCUUCCGCGCCUCUCCCUGUCAUUGAGACACUCAUUCGCCACAUCCAUUCCCUCUCUCGAUCGUAUCCAGUGCAGAUCGCCACUCGAUUCCGACAUCAUCUCAAGCAACUCCAAACCUCCAAUGACCCGACACCAGGAGAUCUCACAAUUCUCACCGCAAUUGGAUCUAUCUAUCCUACCUCAGAUCACUUCCACCAAGUCGCUACACCCGCCAUUACACUCAUGGCACGUUGGCUAGGCCUCACAACACCCUCAUCCACCAAAGACAUCGCCACAGGAGCCUACAUAGGCGCUCUAUGCAUCCACUACAUCCGACUCUCCAAACGCUACAUCCCCGAACUCAUGCGCUAUACCCUCCUCUGCCUGAAAUCCCCCCACCUAACCCCCACCCUCACAACCGCCCUCACCAAGAAUAUCCUUUCCUUAGCCGACCUCUGGACGCCGUUCCCAUCCUUCACCGAAAUAUUUUCGCCAACUCUCCCCAUUCUGACCGCCCUCUCUGGGCAAACGCACGCUAUACAGCGCCUCACCAUCCUCCUACGGCAAUCUCGUCUCCACCGCCGACCACAAACCCUACAUUUCCACCGCCCGCUCCCGAUAAAAUCCUCAAUCCCCAAAUUCGAAGAAUCUUUCGACCCGAACAAACACUACGACCCAGACCGCGAGCGUGCAGAAUCCAAGCGACUUCAGAAGGAGUACAAGAGGGAAAGGAAAGGUGCGCUGCGAGAGCUGCGGAAGGAUGCAAAUUUCAUUGCAAGGGAGAAGUUGCGGGAGAAGAAGGAGAAGGAUCGUGCGUAUGCUGAGAAGUAUCGGAAGUUGGUGGCGAGUAUACAGGAGGAAGAAGGGAGAGAGAAGAACGAUUAUGAGAGGGAGCGGAGGAAGAGAAAGAUGGGGAGGGACGCGGAUGCAUCCAUUUGCACGCAAAUGGGCCUCGGCGAAUUCAAUGGAAGUAUUCAUUAUACGAAUAUUUUGAUGUGCUACUGUAACAUGUCUAUUCUCAUACCUCGAGAAAUCUGGGUAUUUUCUAUAUCUAACGGCCGGCGGUUUCCAGAACCCAACUCCUACUGA